AUGAACUUCAAUACAACAGUUCUGCAUGACUCCAAUGUCUUAUCCCAUUCCCACUCAAAGAAAUCUACACCGGACAUUGUCUUCUACAUCAUCAUUAUUCUCUUAGGCACCACUGGAAACUCUUUGGUCAUCUGGGUGUCCGGUGUCCGUAUGAAACCCAAUGUCAACAAUGUGUGGUUGGUCAACCUCGCCGUGGCUGACCUGAUCUUCUGCGUGUCACGAGUGACCUCACUUGUCACAAAUUUCAUUGGCCACUGGCCAUUUGGGGACUUUGUCUGUAAGUUUAUGAGCUUUAUCAAGUACGCCAACAUGUUCUGCAGUGUUUUUCUUCUGGCUGUCAUCAGUGUUGACCGAGUGAUCUGCGUGCGGUGCCCAGUGAUCACCAGGAGGAAACGGACGUUAUAUGCUGCUCGUGUGGUCAGUUUGGGGGUUUGGAUUGUGGCGUUGAUAUUCAGUUUACCAAACUUAGUGUUCCGGAAGAUCCAUACUGAUCACAACAACUUGAGCCACUGCUAUGACAAGAAAGAAGGAAAUUCAGUAAAGUAUGCUUUCUACUACAUUCGCUUCUUUUGUGGAUUUUUGUUUCCUUUCCUGGUGAUCUUUAUCUGCUACACACUGGCUGCUGUUGGGAUUCGAAGAACGAGAUUCUCCGGCAAAUCAAGACCUCUCCGGAUUCUUGCUUUAUUGGUUUUAGCCUUUUUCUUAUGCUGGGCACCUUAUCACAUCCUAGGUCUUCUUAAGAUGAUAAAUAGAAAACACCCUGCUGUAAAAUUAGGAUUCCGUACAUCUUCAAAUCUAGCGUAUUUUAACAGCUGUGUGAACCCAAUAUUAUACUUCUGCAUAGGACUGAAUCUUAAGCAGCGCUGCAAUCAAAGCCUCUUAGGGAUUUUUCACCGAGCUCUUGCUGAAGAAGACCAAACUCCUACACAGGAUGGCACUAUUGAGGAACAAUCUAACAGUGUUUCAUUGGCUGCUGGUACAACACCUGAAUGACUGUAGAUUAAGUGCAUCACAUUUUCAUCAGCUAAAAUACCUAUCAGGAUCAAUGUUUAGCCAGCUUCAAAUUUUUUUCAAUGAGAUAUGAGGUACGCUGAGGCAGACGUGAAGUAACUUAAAGUAUUAAUAAGUAUGAUUACUAAUGUUAAUUUUGGAAUAGCCUUCUACAGCAUCUCUCUAAAAACACUUAAAACUUGGCUUCACUCAAUGAUUUCACAUUGAUUUUAAUAUUUGACGUAACCUUUUUCAGUUAAUAUUAAAGAUAUCAAGGUUAUAUUUUCACAAAAUGUUCUUGACAUUAUGCAGGAUGAUUUUACGGUAACAGUAAAUCACAAAUGACCUUAGAUGGGUUUUCAUAGGCAGGGUUACAUUUGAUCAAUGUGUGGUUUAACAUCAAAACUGAAAGAAGUGAUUAUGAACAGUGGUGAAUCAUAAGUGAUGUUAAUUUGGUUGUAUUGUUGUUUAGUAUUUUCAGUUUUAUACACCAGCUGGUUAAUUAUUGAAUGUGUUGUAAACUAUUUUAACUGCAAACAAGCUUAUUUUUAUUUUUUGUUUAGUCUUUAAAAGCCUUGAAAAGUCUAACAUUUUUCUUAUCUGAAAUCUGUUUAUUAUUUGUCACCUUUGUGUUAGUUUGGUAGAUAAAUAACAGUUAUUGUUUCCAGAUUUCAACAAAAUAUUUAAAUCUCAUAAUUACAUAUAUAAAGAGAAACAAAAUUCUUUAACUACUUAUGCUAUGUUAAAAUGUGUUGCAUAGUUCCUUUGGUCAUCCCAAACAUUUUUUUCCAUUUAAAUUAAUGGUUUAUAAAAUAAAUGACCUAUUUAAAAUGGUAAAAUAAAAAUG